GCCACCAAAGAUCCUUUAUCCUUCUGAGAACAAGAUCAGCAACAUGGAGCUGCAGCUAGGAAGUGCCCUGAACCUGACGUGCAGAGCUUUCUUCGGCUACGCAGGGGACGCCAGUCCGCUAAUCUAUUGGAUGAAGGGAGAGAAGUUCAUUGAGGACCUGGAUGAGGAGAGAAUCGAAGAGAGUGAAAUCAAGGUGGUCCGGGAGCACCUGGGGGAACAGGAAGUAGCCAUCUCCUUAACGAUCCCCUUGGUGGAGGAGGGGGACCUGGGAAACUACUCCUGCUACGUAGAGAACGGCAACGGGAGACGGCAGGCCAGCAUCCAACUCUCCAAAAGAGCAGAGCUGAUGUACACGGUAGAGUUGGCUGGUGGUUUGGGAGCCAUCCUGCUGCUGCUGCUCUUCCUCAUCUCUCUGUAUAAGUGUUAUAAGAUUGAGCUCAUGCUCUUCUACAGGAGACACUUCGGCAGCGACGACCUGGAUGGAGAUAAUAAGGACUAUGAUGCGUACCUGUCCUACACUAAAGUAGACCCUGACCAGUGGAGUCAGGAGACCAAGGAGGAGGAGCGCUUUGCCCUGGAGAUCCUCCCUGACGUCCUGGAGAAACACUACGGAUACAAACUCUUCAUCCCAGACAGAGACCUCAUCCCCACGGGAAGUCUGGCCAAUGAGCUUUACCAGGAUGACACAAGACUUCUUAGAGGUACACUUCCUCAGUCUCUUCCUCUUGUGUCAGCAACUGUGAUGCACUUCCUCCCUGGACAAGAAGAACAGCUUAGGGGAUCCCGUUUUUAAGAGUUUACACAGCAGAGCAUAGCUUUGAAGUCAGAACACACAUACACACUCUAGCACACAAGGCACACAUGCACACACAAACACAUACACACACACACACAAACACACACACAUACACAAACACACAUGCCACUACACACAGACACACAAAGAUCCAAAAAACCUCAGAGAGAUGAGAAAGUAAUAUAGGUACAGUUGAUAUGACUAAGGACAGCUUUAGUUUCUGUGGCUGUGUGUUUAACCACUAAACUGUUGUCUGACUGCUGUCUCUGUCCUGUGUUGUAUGUCUUGUAGUUGUCCAUCCAUUGUCUCUGUGUAUUAUGAGUGGUCUGUUAUAUGUGUCUUGUCCACCAUGUUACAAGAAAUAUGUCCUGAAUACAAAACAUGUUAUAGUAAAUAUGUUACUGUAUAGAAUCUAAGCUGUUUGGAG